UGCCGCGCCGAGUGAAUGUAAGGAGUGUCGCUCUUGCGCAUACAUAUCCGUCGCUCGCAAAAUCGGAACCGCUGAGAACAGCAGCCGCAGCAGAUUCUUCUCUCAACUGAGAGACACGUAGUGUUCUCUGACGCGAGUGAUGGAAAGUCAAGGGUGCUCCGAAAACGGAGACGUCUGACGAAAUAAAAUAAAAUAAAAUAAAAUAAAAUAAAAAGGGAGCGUCAAGUAUUGACAAAAUUGACAGUUCACGCACGCGGACGAAUGUGCGAUCUCUUAUGAUAGUUAGUGAACUAUUAAUUCGAGAAAUUGUGAACGUAUCGAACUUGUACGCGAUUAGAUAGAGUGGCAUAAAGGCGGCGAGUUCGUCGCGUCGAAUUCAGUGGAUGAAAGUUUGCGGGCGAGCACCGAGCGAUCUGGUGGUAGUAAUCUAUGCGAAAACGUGGCCUUGCCCGCAGAUCUCCGAUGCCGCUGCCACCGUGUCUACGAGUUUCCUUGGUACUCGCGAUAGCGAGCACGGCGACGAGAUCAGGGAUAUAAACAAAAGCAGACGCGUAAUCAGCGUGUGCGAUCGGCGCAAGUGGGAUGCAGAGAUUUUAAUUCCCGCGUGAGAGAGCCGCCGUCGAUCUACGCCGCGGCUGUGCUUAGAGAGGUGCAAGGGCGCCUCUCGAGACCGAUUCCCGUUCGUGGAAGAUGAGAAGGUCACGAUGCUGAGACCCGGAUCCUUAGUGGGCCUGUUGGCCCUCGUGGCCGUGCUGAAGAUCGCGGACUCGAAUCGUUGUCUGACAAUGCUGGAAGAGGUCAAUCCAAAGAGAGUGAUUCAAUACGAGGGACAUUUUUUAAAUAUUCAGUUCGAAGUGUCGAGGAGAGUGACACAGAGGUUGGCGUCAGAAAUCAUGAAGAUUUUUCUGACCGAAGUAUUGGGCUAUACUGGAGUCGCCAUUAUCGAGAAAGAUGACAACUUCAACGUGUCCGAAGUCUUUGAGAGACUAUCUGAAAGGCCAACAUACACCGAAUUAAAAAUAUCUCCAGAAAUAAUGGUGAACAUGGAAGUGUGGAUUCCGCCGCAGCAAGACACGUCGCCGCUACUGAAUAAAUACGACGUGAAGGAAUGCGGCUCGAUAGCGCCACCAGGUCACUUUGGCUGGUUUGUUCCGGAAGCAUUAGCCAGACCUGAUGAUAAUUGGCUAAUCUUUUCCGGAUUAAAGACUGCCAGCAGGUUCGCCAUCGACGAGGCAUACCUACCUAUCGUUAAGAAAUUUAUGAUAAACACACAAACAGGGGAAUAUUACUGCCAUGAAGCUUUUUGCCAACAUGGGAUGUACAUCCCGGAACAAUGUCACGGCCAAGACCAGCAAAGGUCGCCGAACUGCGCACUGCUGCUAGCAGAAUACCCUGAUGUAACUCGUUUCAUAAAAGAACAUAUCGAUCAGGCGAAGCUCUAUGUUAAGGUGGCGUGGGUAGGACCGAAUCUCAGACAUCUAAUCAAAUAUUUGACCAAGGAAUACGAGUAUAUGCUCGCACAAAACUCAUCGACUUCGAUUGAAAACAGAUCACUGGUGGUUCUGCACUAUACACCCAGCAGCGUGAUUCCGAACGAAAGGGAAUUUACAACGAUCGACUUUCCACGUUGCGGAAUGAAAAACGAUUCGAUCGGCUGCAUGUAUGAGUCCAACAGACUGACAAAACUAGUGUGGAAUAGGUUGGAAGCGAUUGCGAAGAUCGCUUUUCAAGCGAUAAAUCGCGCUAAAUUUAGUCGAGAGAUGUAUGAAGUUUUGAUCACACGUCGUUUAGGAGCAUCAAUGAACGUCUCGGAUGAACAAAUCGCCUGCGAUUGGUUAAAGGAUAAUCUGAAAUAUGUCUUAACAGAAUGGAAGCCCAGCAACGACGACAAAAAUAUCCUCUUCGUAGGUGGUAUAUUUCCCAUGAGCGGCAACUCGUACAUGGCCAAAUCGAUCGUGAUCGCCGCUAAGAUGGCGAAAGAAGUCAUUAACAUUAACAAUACCCUGCUGAGAGAUUACAACUUGACUCUACUAGCCAGUGAUGGUCAAUGCAAGUCGGAUAUGGUGAUGAAAUCCUUCAUCGACUAUAUCAUACAUAAUUACUACCAAAAGCUGGUUGGCGUAUUGGGACCGGCUUGUUCGGAAACUGUGGAGCCGUUGGUCGGUGUGUCGAAACACUACAGAACAGUAAUAAUCAGUUACAGCGCAGAAGGAUCUAGUUUCGAUGAUCGCAUCAAAUAUCCGUAUUUCUUCAGGACCAUUGGUGAGAACAAACAGUACAAACAUGUCUACGUGCAACUUUUGCAGAGACUAGGCUGGCAUCGAGUGGCUUCAUUGACGGAGGAUGGACAGAAAUAUACUGAGUACAUAUCAUACAUGCAGGAUAUGCUCAGAGACAACAGCAUCGAUUUUGUGGCGAACGUAAAGUUUCCAAGAGAGCGAGAAGCUGACGUCAUGACGAAAUAUUUGCAAAGUUUGAAAGAAAAACGAGCAAGAAUUAUUAUCGCAGACGUGUACGGUGAAGUAGCUCGUCAAGUCAUGUGCGAAGCAUAUAAACUAGAGAUGACAGCUGUCCAGGGGUACGUCUGGUUCCUUCCGCUUUGGCUUCGAUCACAAUGGUACGAUACCGAUUAUUAUAAUGAGAAAGGCGAGCAGGUACCUUGCACCACGAGUGAAAUGAUGAAGGCCAUAAACGGACAUCUCGGUCUGUCGCACGCAUACUUCGCUCGAGAUGACGAUAUAAUGCAGGAGGGAAUCACUGUGCGUGAGUGGCGUGAACGUUACGAGAACAUCUGCCGAACGCAGAAUCAGCAACCCUCUAACUACGCCGGUUACGCCUACGACGCCAUGUGGACCUACGCUUAUGCUAUAGAUCGACUUAUCCGUGAGAACCAGAGUUAUGUCUUCGAUCUUCACAGCGACCAUACGGUCAAUCGCCUUACGCAUAUUAUCGGCGAAACCGAUUUUUAUGGGGUAUCUGGAAGAAUAAAAUUUUUAGGUGGACCAUCGAGAUACUCUGUUAUCAAUAUUGUUCAGUUUGUCGAUAAUGAAACGAACAUUGUUGGUAACUUUUAUCCAAAUAUCUCAGAAGCCAAGCACGAAGUAGUGGGCGGCAUUUUGGACUUGAAUAUUUCGGCUUUUGUUUGGUUAUCGGAGACGAUGCCUGAUGAUGGUUCCGAGCCUCCAUCGAGAUGUGUUUUAGGAGGAUUAGCGGAACUGCUAGAUGUUUCUUGCGAAGUAGCGAUUGUGGUCGCUAAUAUUAUCGGAUUUGGCCUUCUUGGAGCAGUUUUGAUCGUCAGCUUCAUCAUCAUUAAACGAAACUAUGACAAAAAAAUGCAGAUUCAUGAAAAGUACAUGAAGUCUCUGGGUAUCCUAUCACAGAUGGAUACUUCUAGUUUGGAUGUAUGGGAAAUUCCGCGAGAUAGAGUAGUGAUCAAUCGAAAAAUCGGAGAGGGAGCCUUCGGUACCGUUUACGGUGGUGAAGCUUUCUUUUCUGAGAAGGGCUGGCUCGCUGUAGCCGUGAAGACUCUGAAAGUCGGUAGCUCGACUGAUGAAAAACUGGAUUUCCUUAGUGAGGUCGAGGUCAUGAAGAAAUUUGAGCAUUCGAAUAUUAUUAAGUUAUUGGGUGUGUGCAUCAAGUCUGAACCUGUGUUGACCGUGAUGGAAUUUAUGCUUUACGGCGACUUAAAGACCUAUCUGUUGGCCAGAAGACAUUUGGUCAAUGAUCGAAGCUACGAGGAUUCCGACGAGAUAUCGAAUAAAAAAUUGACCGCCAUGGCGUUAGAUGUCGCCAGAGCGCUCAGUUAUUUAGCGCAAUUAAAAUACGUUCACAGGGAUGUUGCCUCGCGCAAUUGUCUAGUAAACGCCCAACGAGUAGUAAAACUUGGUGACUUUGGUAUGACGAGACCAAUGUACGAAAAUGAUUAUUAUAAAUUCAAUCGAAAAGGUAUGCUACCAGUAAGAUGGAUGUCGCCGGAAUCGCUAGCAUUGGGUAUUUUUACGCCAGCGUCUGACGUUUGGUCUUACGGCGUAUUACUCUACGAGAUCGUUACAUUCGGUAGCUUUCCUUUCCAAGGAAUGAGCAAUAAUGAGGUACUCACGCAUGUAAAGGCUGGCAAUUGCCUCACUGCGCCGAAAAAAAUAAAAAUGCAGCUCGAAAAUUUAAUGUAUAUUUCUUGGCGUUGAAUCCUCGUAUCAUUGCACCUUGUCUGGACGUGCCCCUAUCGAGCGUGCAAUUAGAGCACACUGCGCAACUCGAUAUACAACUAUCAGAGAAUAAUCGGAAAUUUUCCCUUUUAUGGCAACGUCAAUCUUCGCAAACACAGGGACUAAAGAUUCCAAAUUCACCGACCCCGCUUCUGCUAGACUUGAAUGGGCAGGACGAUGAUCAUACUUUGGAUUCCCUGAUUAGUCAAUCUUGCGAACAGGACAGUUCUAGUCCUUUACUGGAUUCCACAAGAGCCUCUGUCUUGAAGCAAACGUGGCUUCACGGAGAUUCCGAUGUAAAAGACAAAGAGCCUCACAAGUAUGUUAACCUUCAACCGAGUAUGCUGAAGAUAUCCUGUGAACCUGGCAGAAAUGGUAGCGCUGGGAAUAUUCAAAUGGAAGAAAGAACGUCCAUGUUGGCAGAGAAGAAAAGCACCGAUGAUGUGUCAGUGCUCUGACGCAAGUAGACGAUUUCAUGAAGAAAUUGGAAACUAGUCAGAUGCCUCGAGGUACAUUCGAUUAAAGAGAAAUGACUGUAUAAGGUCAAGGUCAGAAUCCACAAAGACGGUGAUCAUUCCGGAAUGGAGCAAGAAAGUUAAUACAUGAACGAAUUUCAAGGUAUUCGCCUUCGUCGAAAAUGUAAUAACCAAGGUCAUACUAAAGAAUUGUUUGAAUCGAGAGAGAAUAAGCUCUCUCUGAUGUGGCAUUUUAAUUAACCAGAUAUUCGCUUUUUUGGAUUUAAUUUUUUUUUAACAAUAUGUUAAUCUAAUUGAUUACGAUAAUUCAACAAUGAACAUUUUCUCUCUUCUUAGAGAAUUCCUAUUGCGGGUAGAAUUCCUAUUUGAGUAGAGCGUCCUGAAAUAUAGCAAAAUUUGAUCUCGAAUGAAUGAAAAAAAACUCAGCGAUGAAGCCUAAGUACCCGCAAAAAAAUGAUAGAAUGUAAAUUAUUUAAACAAUAAGAUCUUGGUAACACGCAUCUUUUUAUAAAUACGUCAUAUGCGUAAAUGCGCUCAUAAAUUAAAACAAAUAUCUUCAGCAGAUUAAAACGAAGAUAUUCAAACAGAAAUAUAAAAUUGAAAAACUAUAUAAGCUA